AUGGCUCCUAAGCAAGAUUCUGAGGCCACUGUGGCCGUGAAUAUCGAAGAGCUGCGCAACUCCAAGGAUGCUGUCAUCAUGCGCCUAAUGGCCCUGCAAUCCUACAUUGCGGAUCUGAGCAAGGCGUACGUCGAGCAUGUCAACAAUGUCAUCAACGGCGGCCCCGCCACCAUUGACAUCCCCGCCAUGCCCACCGGCUUGUCCGGUCAAUUUGAUCUCAACCGCGUCGCCAGCCCCGGCGUCAAGUCUGAGGCCGGCGGUCUCAAGAAGCGCAAGCGCGCCCCAGUGGACCCCAACGCGCCCAAGCGCGCCCUAACUCCCUACUUCCUGUACAUGCAGCAGAACCGCACCAAGAUCGCCGAGGAUCUGGGCGGUAGCGCUAAGCCUAAGGAUGUUGCGGACGAGGGAACUCACCGCUGGCAAACCAUGCCUGCUGCCGAGAAGGAGACCUACAAGAACCAGUACCUCGAGAACUACGAGGCGUACAAGCGCGACAUGGCCGCCUACAAGGCGGGCCGCAAGACUGGCGAUGACGACGCCGCCAACCAGCUCCAGCAGAGUAUCGCGGGAGUCGAGAAUGCCGAGUCCGAGUCAUCCGACUCUGAAACCUCGGAGUCCGAGGAGGAGGAGUCUCCCUCCCCCCCUCAGCCCGUCAAGCAGAAAACCCCGCCAAAGAGCGCCGCCAAGCGCCGCCGCAGCGACAUCAAGGCCGUGAAGGAGGUCGCCGAGUCGCCGGUCAAGGCCUCGCCUGUGAAGAAGGGCCGCAAGGCCGCGGAGCCUGCGUCGGUGAAAUCCACUCCUGUGGAGCCUAAGCGCAAGGCCAAGAAGCGCAAGAGCGAGGCUUAA